CCGCCUUUGAUCUCGCAGGUGUCUGUUCCACUACGAGGAGAGAGAACUGUCUUUCCUGCACUUUUUUCACUCCUCCCCUCACUGCAGUCGCCCUUUCUCGGCUGAAAUGCAGGCGAGGCUAUAGGUGCAUCUCAAACAAGCCGGAGACGAGAUGUGCUCGUGUUAUUCUGAGCGAAUAGACCCUGCAUGAAAAUGCUCCUAAAACGGCGAUAUUUCUCUGUCGACAUCAAAGGCAUUGUGGCGUAUCCUUGGUUUAUUUAUGGAGCGUGCUUCCAGUGCGUCUUUUGCUCUUUUAAUCCUAGAUUAACACUGAGACAAGAUGAUUGGCGACUGUUAUACAACACAAACUAUAGUCAUACAGUUUUAUUUCAUCAAGAAGGAUCAAAUAGUCUGUUGGUGGGAGGAUUAAAUAAUGUUCUACAUAUUGAUGUGGACAGUCGUCAGAUUCUGGAGAACUUCACUCUGGAUCCAAACUUACCAAGGUGUGGUGAGAGCUUCUGUGAAAAUGUAGUCACAGUAAUUGAAAGAUUUGAAGACUGCACAUUUGUAUGUGGGACGAAUGGAGAAGAGCCGAUGUGUUGGAAACUGUUUCCCAAAGAAAGCAAUCGUUCCACUGAGGUUGUAGACGGGACAGGGAUCUCACCUCACACAUGCACACAAAACUCGCUGUCCCUGAUGGCAGAUGGAGAUCUUUAUGCAGCAGCUCCUCUGUACAGUGAUGGAACUCUGCUGCAGUUUCGAAGAAAAGCUGGAAAUCGAAUCAGCGUAUGGAUGCAUGAUCAGUGGGUCUCAGAACCCACGUUUAUCUCCAUUUUUUUGGCAAAGCGCAAAAAUGACUCCUUGAAUGAGAAGAUAUACGUCUUAUUUCGUGAAAAAAACUCGGACACAAGCCCAGAAGCUGAUCCUUGGAUAUCUAGAGUUGCCAGAGUGUGUAAGGUUGAUGAGGGCGGUCCCAAGCAGUUACUCCAGAACAUAUGGACCUCUUUCCUGAAGGCACGACUUGUGUGUGGGAUUCCUAGCGAGUCGUUGUACUUCAACCGUCUACAGGAUGUUUUCUUCCAGCAUGCUGAGGACUGGACGGACUCGCGAGUGUAUGCGCUCUUCUCCAGCAGCUGGAACUCUACUGCUGUCUGCAUAUAUUCCUUGAAGGAUCUUGAUGAUGUUUUUGAGAGUUCUUCCUACAAAGGUUAUACUGGGGCGAUUCCCAACCCAAGACCAGGAACGUGUGUGAAAAACAGCAACUCCGUUCCACAUUCUACCCUCCAAAUUAUAAAAGACUAUCCAGAGAUGAAGGACUGGAUUCAUCCCAUUCAACGAGAAACACCUUUCUUCACGAGUAAUAAGAACUUUACCAAGAUAGCUGUUGACCGAGUCCAGGCUUCAAAUGAAAGCAUGCACAAUGUGCUGCUGCUUGCAACAGACGAUGGAGUGAUCCUCAAGAUCCUGGAGGACGGCUCCAAAGCUUUUAUCAUCUCUGAAACGCAUCUGUGCAAUGGCUCCGCACCCAUACAUUCAAUGAAACUUGACUCUGAGAAGAGGAAGCUGUUCGUAGGAUAUCCUGGUCAGUUGUCCAUGUUAGACCUGCAGAGAUGUCAAGACUACAAUGCUUCCUGUGAGGAAUGUGUUCUUUCCCGUGACCCCUACUGCGCUUGGACUGAACGAGGCUGCACGUCUCAAACUGAAGGAGGAAUACAAAACAUUGCUAAUGGACUGACUAAUGUAUGUAACCAAAACUCAGUGGGAAGAUUCAGACGUGAUGUACAACAAUCAUCGACAGCUCCAUUAAAGAUUCGACACGACGUGCCCAGUGAUGUUCCCUUUUAUCUCUCUUGUCCUGUUGAUUCCCAUCAUGCCACUUAUAGAUGGGAACAUGGGGACAAGAGAAGCCCAUGCCAGCAGACUCAAUCAGAAUGCCUCCUCCUCAUCCCAUCAAUGAAGGAUGACAUGUAUGGCAAUUACAAAUGUGUUUCCCAUGAACGUGAUUACACCAAAACUGUGAAUGAAUAUGACCUUUUUCCUAAGCGUGCUUUUAAUGAUGCUGUCAAGCUCAGAGCACUGGACUGGUUAAUGGCGGCAUUUGUCACUAGCGCCUUCUAUCUGUGCUCGCUUUAAGGUCAAGGUAGUUAUAUAAAUGUCAGUGCUUCCAUCCUCUAGCAUUUCUGAUGACCUGCAAGCUGAUUAAAACCAUUAGCAAGACGUUAGCCAGGUGCCAGUGGUUGUAGGAUGUAGACUAUGACCUUAUCAAAUGAGGUUUAUAGGGAAGUAAACACUGAAGUAGAAGUAAGUGUCCGUCCUAGCAGACAAUUACACGUUUGCCAUCUGUUGAGUAUCUGUUCAGUGUAUACGGUGGGGUCCAAAGUCUGAGACCGCAAUGGAAAUUUGGGCUUUUGUCUUCGGAACCCGGAAAUACUCCGACAGUUUUAGGAUUUAGAAUUUUUCUGAAAAGUAAAAUGAAGAAAUAUUUCAGAUACUGCACUAUUUCUAGGUCACAAGACUUUUUAAACAUUGACCAAAUUAGUUAGUCUUGUAAUUAGUCCGAAAAUGAGUAGCCUACUUCUCUACUAUAUAUAAUGUGCAAAACAAUACACCAAAAGAGUAGUAUGUCGGAAUACAUAGGGCCAGAUUUACUAACAGCUUGUGCCAGUGCAAACCCUUUUUUGGCGUUGAAAAACUACUGUCAGGAUUUGCUAAAGACGCGCAGUGAGAAUUUAGCGCUGAAGAGGCGCGGAAACAGUUAUUUUUGCGGCUGAACUUAUUGCUGGAGUUUCCCUUUCAGAUGCGAAAUUUAUGGGAGGAGACUAUUUAAAUGAAUCAUGCAAAGUGAUUUAGUAAGAUUUGCACUCGUCAAUUUACUGUUGUAUGCGGCAUUAUUUACCGCAAAAAAAAAAACAGACGAUAACCGGCAGAUUGUGUUGGUCUUUAUGGAAGUGAUCCGGCUGCGGAAAUGUUAGUAUUUGAAAAACAGUAGACCUGGAUGACCUACUACUUCCGGCGAGACUUGAUGGACACUUUACUAUUUCAUAAGGCCACUUAAGAGGAUUUAUGAAUUGCAAUAAAGUGACACAACUGGCGCUGGUAGGUCACGCGACAGUAACAACACGGUAAAUGUAUUACAUCUAAAUUUCAUUAAUUCUAGCCAUAUUCAUACUGUAUACAACAUACUUUUUAACAAUCACAAAGUAAAUUCAAAUUUAGUACCUACUCAGUAAGCGAUUUUGGACACACUGUCUUUGUGAGUGAAUCAUUGAAUUAUUCACUCAACUGUUUAUUCAAAAACGCUGAUUAAUUCAGGAAUGAAACAGCUACUGUAUGUUGCUCUGAACUAUUUUCGUUGGUGGAGCAAAAACUUUUUUAUUGGACUUUUGUAUAAAAGCAAUUUUUCACUCGCAGUUGUGCUGUUUUUCCAAAUAUCAGCAGGGCUGCGAUUCAACAACAGCACUUUUGGAUCCCACUGUACAAAACAAAAGCACUUCAAAUCGCUCUGAAUUGUGCACUAAGCACCUUAAUGUAAUAUAACUGGUUCAGCACUACUUUCAAGGACUGUAAAAUCUGUCACUUACAGUAUGUUAUGUAAGGAGAGCUACACCAGAGAGACUAUUCUAGAUGUGAGAAAGACACGGUCAUAUUGUUCAGUUAUUUAGGGUGUGUUUGUUUGCUGAGAAACUACAACUUCCUCUCAUUAACGAAGAUUCAUUUGUAAAAUUGCGUCACCUUAUGUUUUACAUCUGGCGAUCGUGUUUGUACUUACCAACUUUCAUAAUACAUGCUUUUUUAUCAUUUGUACUGUUUCAAGCACUUGGGUGUUAAAAUGUGUAGAGCUAGUUGUCCAUGAGUUUGAUUUAUAAAGAGAAACGGGAUGUUUGGGUGUAAUUGUAUCCAUGCAAUUGUUCAGGAAGUGAACUGGGGUUAAAGAAUUUUGGGUGUGGUGGGCACUGGACAGUGCUUUAGGCUGCUGCCUGUUGUGCUGCUGUAAGCAGUGGUGCUGUUGUUUAAUGAAAUCGGUUGAAGAAGUUUCUAGAUGUGAGACAAAAUAAAUAUGCAAUGGAUCACUUACAGUCAGCUUCAGGGUCAUGAAAUAUGUAGCAAAUAUAUUUUCUAGAAUAAUUCUCUAAUUAAAUUAUAUUUAUGUAUAAUAUUUUUUACUAGAAAAUAUUUUAACUAAUAUAUAAUAUAACGAAUUUAACUAAUAUAUAUAUAUAUAUAUAUAUAUAUAUAUAUAUAUAUAUAUAUAUAAACCUUAUAUUUUUAAUUAAAACAUUAACUAAAAACAGAUUUGUGAAUGUAGAACCAUGACUGAAAUGAAAGGAAAUUUUAUGUAUAUUCUUUAAAAUGUUUUAACAUACUCAAAUGUGAGUUUGACAUUUAUUGAUUGGCUUUAUUGUUUUCAAUGUCAAUAACAAGCAUGAAGGUACAAAGAUUUACACAAAGAAACAGUGUUCUCUUUCAUUUUUAAUGGCCUAACACAUUAAUUAUUGAGAGGGACUUCAAUGUGAGUCACAGAUGUGAACCGGCUUCUUUGAUUCUAGUGUAUUUCAUGUCAAUGUUCAGGCUAAUUACAAAUUAUCAUACUAGGGACACUGUUUCUCUUUAUUAUUGUAAGUUGAUAGCAAUCUUAUAAAUUUGUUGCAUAUUGUUAUAUUUUAUGAUUAAUAUUUUUAUUAUUGCACUUUCUGAAACAUGCCCACCUUAAGAUCCCUUCCUGUAUGUGAAUUUUAAGCCUUAAGAUAUGUAAUGCUCUAUUUUGUUGUACUUUGUAUUUAUUUUUAAGCAUUACUUAUUCACUUCCUUUAAGUAUGUCCAUUAUAUUUAAUUUUAAAUAUAUUUUUUAACACUUGAAA